GCAUGCGCUGAGGUGAUGUAUCUCAUAAUGAGCUCAUGGUAACAUGACUGAACUCCAUCAUGGCUAAAAACGCAUCGCUGACCCUCUGCGGUGAGCUCCGGGGUCCCGUAGGCGGCUAUAAUUAGCACCGUCCCGGUGAGCAGGCAGCAUAUGUAGAGCGGGGGCGGUUUUUGGCUCCUACACACACACUUCCGUGUUUAUCUGUCACCGUAAAGCAGGAAGCACUGUAGUAAUGUGUAGGAGUUGACGAGCCCUCCUGCUGCUGGUUCCUCACAGGUAAAGAGAAAGCAGCCGGGGAAGGAGCUACAUGGAGGCUAACUAACUGAGCCCGGAUCCGUCGGUGCUCGGCAGACGAUCACACACACACACACGGGGACUGCGGUACAUCGGUACCGAAAUGCCAGCCGGAGUUUGCGGCUGCUGUGGGCCGCUGAGGCCGAGGUACAAACGCCUGGUGGACAACAUCUUCCCUGAGGACCCCAAAGAUGGCCUCAGUAAGUCGGACAUGGAGAAGCUCACCUUCUACGCCGUGUCGGCUCCAGAGAAACUGGACAGGAUUGGAGCUUACCUGGCCGAGAAGCUGAGCAGAGACGUGGUGCGACACCGCUACGGGAAUGUGGUGAUAGCCAUGGAGGCUCUGGACCAGCUGCUGAUGGCGUGUCACUCUCAGAGCAUCAAACCCUUCGUGGAGAGUUUCCUGCACAUGGUGGCCAAGCUGCUGGAGUCUAGAGAGCCAGACCUGCAGGUGCUGGGAACCAACUCGUUCGUGAAGUUUGCCAACAUCGAGGAGGACACACCUUCCUACCAUCGCCGCUACGAUUUCUUUGUCUCUCAGUUCAGCGCCAUGUGCCACUCUACUCACGAAGACCAAGAGACCAGAACCAGGAUCCGUGUGGCCGGGAUCAAAGGUCUGCAGGGCGUGGUGAGGAAGACGGUGAACGACGAGCUGCAGGCCAUCAUCUGGGAGCCGCAGCACAUGGACAAACUGAUCCCAUCCAUGCUGUUCAACAUGCAGGACAGUGAAGACCUGGACAGGGCGGGACACCCCAACACGCCAUCGGGGGCGGGUCAGGAUGGCGAGGAGAACCCGUCAGCGCUGGCUGAGAACUGCUUCAGAGAGCUGCUGGGCCGAGCGGCGUACGGCAACAUGAACAACGCUGUGCGACCCGUGCUGGUUCACCUGGAUAACCAUCACCUGUGGGACCCCAACGAGUUUGCAGUUUCCUGCUUCAGAAUCAUCAUGUACUCCAUCCAGGCUCAGCACUCGCACCACGUGAUCCAGCAGGUUCUGAACCACCUCGACACUAACAACAAGAACACGCCGCGGGUCAGAGCCGGCAUCGUCCAGGUGCUCCUGGAGACGGUGGCCAUCGCCGCCAAAGGAUCUGUGGGGCCCACCGUGCUGGAGGUGUUCAACACUCUGCUCAAACACCUGAGGAUGAGCGUGGACUUUGAGCUGGGCGACAGCUCGAGGAGGAACUCCGCCUCCAGCGUUUCGUCCGUCCGCAGUAAAGAGAGCGAGGAGCGGAUCGUCCAGAACGCCAUCAUCCAGACCAUCGGCUUCUUCGGUGGAAAUCUGCCAGACUACCAGCGAGCUGAAGUCAUGAUGUUCAUCAUGGGCAAAGUGCCAGUCUACGGGACGCCCUGCCACGCCUUGGACACAGUCAAGAUUGGGCAUCAGGGCACCAAGCGGAUCCAGACCAUGCUGCUCAGCUCCCUCAUCAUGGUCACCUCCGGCUUCAAGUCUAAGUCCAUGGCGGCGGCUCUGCCUCCUCCCUUCCUGGACCCGCUCUUCUCCAUCUCUCUGAUGGAGGACAGCGAGCUGAGGCAGCUGGUGUUCGAGAUCCUGCACAACAUCCUCGACCGCCACGACAACCGCGCCAAGCUGCGCGGCAUCAGAAUCAUUCCUAAUGUCUCCGCACUGAAGAUUAAGAGAGAGAAGAUUUCCAAGCAAGACGUCGCAUUCAUGAAGAAGCACGGCCAGCAGCUCUACCGUCACAUCUAUCUGGGCUGCAAAGAGGAAGAUAACGUCCACAAAAACUUUGAGCUGCUCUUCACCACCCUCGCCAUUCUGACCAUCGAGCUGGCCAAUGAGGAAGUGGUCAUCGACCUCAUUCGACUCGCCAUCGCGCUGCAGGAAAUGGCUCUUAACAACGAAGAGAACCUGCCCAUGUUUAUCCGCUGCGGCAUCAUGGCGUUGGUGGCCGCGUACCUCAACUUCCUGAGUCAGAUGAUUGCCAACCCGCCCUUCUGCCAGCACGUCAGCAAGGUUAUUGAGUUGAGGAACAUGGAUGCUCCUUACCUCCUCCCAGAGCACAUCUUCAGAGACAAGUGUCCGCUUCCUGAAUCUUUGGACAAAGAGGACAGCCAGCUGUACUUCCAGACGGCCGACAUGGCCGAGUGUUUGGCCGGGCCGGGGUACAACGCCGAGCGCCUCUCCAUCCCCUACGUUCCUCAGGUCACAGGUGAAGAACGUCUGUCCAGGAGGCCGAGUUUCGUGGACACCGUCUCCCUCCAAGUGGACAUCAUUUCCAACAGCCUUCCAGAAAAGUCGCAGCUGGCUGAGGAGAUCACGUUUGAGACCCUGAAGAAGGCCAUCGACACCACCGGUUUGGAGGAGCAGGAGAGGGCGAAGAGGCGGCAGGUGAUGGAGAAGUUCCAGAAAGCGCCGUUCGAGGAGAUCGCCGCCCACUGCGAAUCCAAGGCAAACAUGCUGCACGACCGGCUCGCACAAAUCUUUGAACUCACAAUCAGGCCUCCUCCCAGCCCGUCCGGAGUGGUUUCCAUCUCAGCGGGACACACCCAGCAUCAGUCCGUCCCCGUCUACGAGAUGAAGUUUCCAGACCUGUGUGUCUACUGAACGCACACAUCCACAAACCAGCUCACACGCAACAUUGAAAAUGCACAGAAAGAACAACACACUCACAUCUGCACUCCAGUCUCCUCUGUUCAGGUGGCCGGGAUGCCGUCAGGGACGAAGUUUAAAUCCUGUUUCCCGACUUGACUCAAACCUGCUUUAAUCCACGCUGCUCUGAUUGGUUACACUUUGUUUCCUGACUCGCGUCCCUGAAGCCAAACUGAACUUUUGAGUCACCAAGAACAAAAAACAACAAGAAAACCCAUAAACUGCUUCCACUCUGAGGUUUUAGUGUAUUUCUGCUGAAUCAGACGUUGCUUCUCUGUUCCAGUCCAGCCAAAGCUUCACUCCUUGUACAUGCGCUCUUAAAAAAGCAGCGUGAGGCUCACAAACGCAGCUCCUGCCUCCUAACAACUAUCUGUCUCUUGUCAGUAGCCGUCGGUGCCGUCACUGAUUAGUAGGAAUGUGCAAUAUACAUAUAUAUAUAUAUCUAUAUUAGCCGUCAGCUAUGAAAACUGAAAUUACCUAAGUGGUGGUAGAAAGCAGUUUAGUUUCAGGCUCGCUGCUCCUCAGCUCUUCGCUCUAAUCUUCAGUCUUUGCUGUUUAAGAUAAAAGUGUGUCACAAAUGACUCCAACAACCAGCUGAGUUCUUAUAAAUAAAUUCAAUGACAGCAAUACUCGAAGUGCUAGGCAGCGACACUCUAAAGCUGAAGAGUCGACGUUUGGACGAGUAGAAAUGGGCUCGCUCGUGUUUGGUGAUGACGUGAUUGUUUCUGAGAGGCGUGAGUCUGUAAGAGGAAGGUCAAGAGGAGUGUUCAUGUCCAUCAGCUCCCACCUGAGACUCUAUAAAAGAUGGACAUAGUCAGUGUGGUGUCAAUUUAGUGGGGAGCUUUGAGAUUGGAUUACCAAAUGGUGGAACUAAGACUGUAUACUCCACUAGUACUACUAGUACAGUAGCCACAGGUGGACAAAAUCCGAGACAUCAGCGUCUGGUUUUGAGCUCCACAUUUGGAGCCUCAGUGUUGAGGUUUUCGAUGAUGUCAUAAUGUAGUCACAUGAUCAGAGCAACCAUGUCUCCUGUAUCCAGAUGAAUUAUCAAAAAAACAUUUUUUUUAGGAUGUAGUCAUGUUUAUUUCUGCUGAAAGCUUCAACACGAGAGUCUGAGGACUGUCUCACUGCUGGAGUCGCCCUCAGGUGGCCGUGAAAGGAACUGCAGUCUUUGGUGCUUCCAUAUUGGCAGCUUAAUGUUACAGUAAUGAGGACGUGAUUUAUAAAAUGAAACUACAAUCUGAGCUCAGUGUUUACUGACGUCUAAACGCAAGAAGGCCUUUGGGUCUUAUUGUCAAAGAGUUCAAACCUUUCAGAUAUGGAAGCUACAUCCAUCUUUAAUAUACAGUCUGUGGCUUUGACGAUGGUCCUUAGAGAAGUUGUUGUAAAGUUUGUGUAAAGUUCUUGUGGCGGGGCUGAUGAUUUUAGAAAGGACUCUAAACUUCCUCUAUUAAAAAUUUGGGGUUAAUAUUCUCAGAGAUUGCAGUGAAAAUAUCACAAAAAAAUACAAAUGUAGCAUCUUUUAAAGAGUUGAAGUUUAUUCCUCAAGUAUGAAGCAGUGCAGUUAUGAUCACAGUUACGGGCCUGUGUGUAAGUAAAAUUAAAGCUACGCGCUCUUUGUUUGUAAUAUUUCCUGAUAUGAGGGGGAGCUGCAGGCAGCGUGUUGGCUGCAGAUGAAUCUGAUCCAGCUCCUUGACUUUGCGCUGUAGUCCCUGCGCACGCCUGCUUUCCAUGAACGAAUCAGCCGCCUCACAGCUUUGUUGGCAGCCUUAAAAAAAACAAAAAAACAAAGCUGUUUCAUUGCCAAACACAGAAGUUUGAUUUUAAAACGUCUCAAUCUAAAAAGGCUGUUGUUCGUAUCCCGUGAGGAGCCAUAUGGUGGAGCUUUUCAUUCCAAAACGAAGCGACCGGCAGCAUCAAAGUUAACCUCCCCGCUGGACGCAUUAAUAUUAAUAUCCAUCCUCAGCCCCGGCGAUACAAAGCACUGACAUUUUGGAGGAUUUAAUCAUCCUUGCAUUUUCAACAGUUAUCACAGGGCCUUGAUUUAUUUCCAAAACAGGUUACAGGAGGCGCUCUGGGAACGAGAGGAUUCGUAUGUGGUGCAGCUGCAGCUGUGAUCUGUAAUAGCAGAUGGUUAUCAGUGUUUUCCUCUGAUCUGAGCUCAGCGUGGGAAGAAAAUCCCUCCAGUUGGAGGAAGAUACCUGCUGCCUCUGUUUGGUGCGAGCAGCUGUUGGAGGCUGAAGGUCGGCGCUUCCUUUCACUCAGAGCUGAUUGGUGUGUUCGGCUCGUCGGCGAAGGAGAAAUGAGUUUCUCGAGCGCUGGUUGUGUUUCUGAAUGAGAGAUGCUGGCUAAGCUGGAAGUCUGUGUUUGGCAUCACCAACACGAGCCUCACAAAUCUGAGAAACUUUGUUAGUAAAUGUGUGUUUUUCAGCAUCGGGUCGAGGCCAAGCAGUUUGUGAAUGUUUUAUCUGGAUACGUGACAAGUGGUGCGACUGUCCCGAUCACAUCGCAGCGUCACAUCUGUACAGUUGAGCCCGUGCACCUGUUUGGACGUGGAUGCUUUAAUGUGCAAGGCCAGGGUCACGAAAGCUGCAGGACAUGAAGCAGAAGAAAUUCAGAAAUGAAACGUUGGCUGCUCACGGAAAGUCGACAUAAAUACUGAUGCCAAAUUUUUAGGGAUUCUUUUUCUUCUUUGCUUAUAUUGUAAUUUUUUUGUAUUGAAUAUUGCAGAACGUUGCGUUGUGAUCCCGUCGUUAUGGUGAAUUACUCUAUACUCCACUUCCUCUGUGGAGCCAGCAAAGCUACAACAAAAACAAAAAUUUAAGAUUUCAAUUGAUUUCCCAUCAGUUCUUCUUCUGCAGAUGGAAUUUUAAAGCUUCUCAGGUGUGCUCGGGUACCUUCUUGUUUUUUUAAACAUGGUCAGUGACCCAGGUCUGGGGUAGUGUCCACUUUAACAUUCGGGUGUGCCAAACAGACUAACUUUAAAAGUUAGAGCAACUUAUUAUAGAAUUUCGACUGCCAGUGGAGGUGGAGAAAAGAAGCUGAUUGGCACAUGAUGUCAAACAAUGUUACCUAGGUGGUUGCCUAGGGAACCUGAUAGCCACAAGUAACCAGCUGUCACCAUGGGCAACAAAGCGAUGCACUGAUGGUUGGAUUGUGUGUCUGGGUACAAACUUACUACAGGCUUUUAAAAGUUCACGACCAGCAUCAAGGUGAUAAACGUGACCCUUACCUUGCACAUCAAAGCAGUCCCACUUUACUUUCCUUUACCUUCACGGUUGCUGACCGUUCAUCUUCUCCGAUUGCCGCUUAUGUAUCGAUAACCAGCAACAGGGUGGGUUUGACCUCUUAACAUCCAUCGGGCACCAGCGACCCGGUCAGGGUUUUGUUGUAGCCAAACGCCAAAAAGGCACAUUUUUGAGAAAUUGAAAGGUCUUAAGGUCUUUAACCAAACCCUAACCGGAUAUAAUCCAGUGGCUGUUUGGAGGUGAAAUCUUCUGUUCUAUAAGUAUUACAUGUCUAAUCAUUGUACUGUGUGAAACGUAGGUUACAGAGGACUUUUUACUGGAAACGAUGAGCAGAGCAGCCUGAACAAGCGAAAAGUCUCUUGCUGGGUUUUUUUUCUGUGCAAAUCUACGCAACAUAAUGUCUUAGCUUUAAACUCUCGUGCUUUAACAUCGUAGAAUCAUAGCUUUUAAAAAACAUGCAUUAUAUGAACUAACUGCAUGGCUCUUUAACUUCAGUCAUCGUCGUUGACCCUCCGAGGGACGGGACUGGGAUCAAAGGCUGAAACUAAAUCUAAACGAGCUCUUUAACAGCCGGAUCCUGAAGUUGGGCUUUAGAGAAAAGUCGGGUUUAGAUGUGGCUGGAAUUCAUGAUAUCUUCCUCUCAUGAAUGUGUCGUCGCAGCAGCAUAUAUAUACAUAUAUAUCAUAUAUUUUUGUACAUUUUAUGCAUCACGUAUCAUUACAUUGUUGCCUAGCAGAGAUUUUAGAGGUUGGGAGAUUUCUUCUAAGACGAGGACAAAAUGCUGAAUUCUUUAUACUCGUGUACUUUUUUGUUGUUUACCUCGAUGGUUCAGGUUUCAGCGGGAUGUUGCAGUGUGGGGGAGAUGGUCUCGUUUUUAUUUUUUCAACUGUAGAUUCUAUUAUACCAUUUCAAAAAUAAUGAAAAAUGAAUGAAUAUUAUAUGUAGAGCCAGAUGUUGGUUAUUUUUGGAUAAAGGAAUAAAUCAGUGCAAUCUG